AGAUUUAUUUUCUUGUUAUUUAUAAAUAUGAAACUUUUUUGCUUUUUAACAUCGUUAAUCUUUGUAAACGUUUCGACGGAUGAUCUAAUGGAUUAUCAAACAAAUAUUGCCAUCACAAACGCACAUAUUCAGCGAGCCUUUGGAACAAAUAUUGUAGGACCUAAUUUUAUAGAAAGUGUAUUGGAACAAGUGAUUAAAAGCAUUAUUGAAGACGAUAAUACUUAUAGUUUAGGAGCUAUUUUGAAUAUGAUAGCUAUACCGGAUACUCCACUCGAGAAUGACUUUGAGGAGAGUGCAAUCCAUCAAACAGUUUUGCGAGAAAUAAUAGAAAAUGAACAUGAAAUUGAAGUUCCUGAAGUUCCAGAAUCAGAUUAUCGAAGGUUAACUCUGAAAGACCUUGGAAAUCGGAGGAGAGCGUAUACCAAACGAGCUUUAAAAAAUAUAUUCCACAUGGAUGUAGUUGGAUCUCAAGAGGAAUUCUCUGAAUUAUGGGUAUGUCGUUUGAUAGCAUUGUUCAUGAGUGCAAAAUUCCCAAUGUCAUAUAUAAGAGAUAUUGAAACUGACACUGAUGAGUGUAUGACAUUUGAUGGUUUUUCAACUGAAACAUACAAAAGAGUUAUGGGCGAAUGGCGUCAUGUCUUCGACAAUGUGAAUUUUUCGAGUCUUGAAUCAGUGUUUGUUUUAUGAUAUACAUAAACAAUUAUUAAUAUAUUAUAGAUAAUUUGCACCAGAAUUCUAUUAUGUAACUCGUCUACAUUGAUAUAGUACUUAUAUCGUUUUUUUUUUUUUAAUAAUAUUUACAUUAUGCACUAAUAUAUAAGUUGUUAACUCAAAAUGUAUUGUAA